CCCUCACGCUCCGCCCUCGCCUCAGACUGCGCCCCGGCGCUUGUUGCGUCGUCCCCCCCCUCAGGGUCCCCGGAUGGGCUUCGGAGGUCCGCCAUGACCGCGGCGGUGUUCUUUGGCUGCGCCUUCAUUGCCUUCGGGCCUGCGCUCGCUCUCUACAUCUUUACUAUCGCCACCGACCCGUUGCGCGUCAUCUUCCUCAUCGCCGGAGCUUUCUUCUGGUUGGUCUCUCUACUUCUUUCGUCCAUUUUUUGGUUCAUAGCAAGACUCACAAAUGAUAAUGAAGAUGGCCCAGUACAGAAAUAUCUGCUCAUCUUUGGAGUGUUACUUUCUGUCAUUGUCCAAGAAAUUUUCCGGCUUGCAUACUACAGACUUUUAAAAAAAGCCAAUGAGGGUUUGAAGAUCAUAAACCCAGAAGAGACAGCACCCUCUAUGCGAUUGCUGGCCUAUGUUUCUGGCUUGGGCUUUGGAAUCAUGAGUGGAGUAUUUUCCUUUGUGAACACUCUGUCUGACUCCUUGGGGCCAGGCACAGUGGGCAUCCACGGAGAUUCACCUCAGUUCUUCCUUAACUCAGCUUUCAUGACGCUGGUCAUCAUAUUGCUGCAUGUGUUCUGGGGCAUUGUGUUUUUUGAUGGAUGUGAGAAAAAGAAGUGGUACAUCCUUCUAAUAGUCCUCCUGACCCAUCUAUUGGUCUCUGCCCAGACUUUCCUAAGUCCUCACUAUGGGAUAAAUCUGGUGUUGGCGUAUAUUAUCUUGGCACUCAUGGGCAUCUGGGCAUUUUUUGUUGCUGGAGGCAGCUGUCGAAGCCUGAAACUCUGCCUGCUUUGCCAAGAUAAGGACUUCCUUCUUUACAACCAACGCUCCAGAUAACCUCCGACAGUCAGCACCUCCCGAACAGCAGGCUGCAUCUUUAGACGAAGCAUACUGUGCCUUUUUCUAAGAAAAAAAAAAUCCCUUUUUCUCAUGGAAUUUAGAAAAAAGCCAGAUGAUCGUGGUUGGAGUUCCAUUCGUGUGGCUUUCAAGAGCUGGUCUCUGCAGUGGACGCAGCUGUGGUCUGCAGUCUGGUUGCACUGGAGAGUCACCAAGGAAACAAAAAAUGCUGAAUUUAGUUGAUCUGGGCAUUUGGUUGUUUUUGAAAGCUUCCAGGUGAUUCAGAUGCGUGGCAAGGUAGCCAUUGAUGUACAAAUGGGAAGUUCUGAGAACACCCAAAGUGAACAAGAGUCUGAUGUGUAACUAUUGCCUAUUCCAAGUUCUGCUAAGCAAGUAAAUUUGUGAAUGCCAAAACCUGA